AAGAUACUUACAAGGAGAGGAUCCAGUUCCAAGCUGGUGGAGCAUUGGUUCCGUUGACUGUCCAAAGGCAUUAGUCUGCCUUCCUCUUCCCCCUUACAUUGUGACAAAACUUACAGGUAGUCAUGAACGCAUCGUGGGUUGA